AUUUAAAACCUUUAAAAAAUGUAAUAUGAUAUUUGUAUUAUUUAUAUUAUAUUAUUAUUUAUGAAAUAAAACAGUUUUUUAUAUGUUUUAAAUGUAUGUAUGUAUAAACGUAUCUUUAUCAUGCUUUUUGGGCAUUCCUUAGUACAACUUUUUCACCCACUAAAUUAUUGAUUUAACAUUACCUGGUACUAACUGGUACCAGUAUAGCUACAGAUAUUGUUCUAGUAACACUAUUUUUUUUUUAUGUAUAAGAAUAAAAUUAAAAUCAUAUUUUAACAAUGGGAAGUAGUGUAACGGAAUCAAUGUCUUCAGAUGUGUUAGAUUUGACAAAUUUUGAAACACAUGGACAUUUGAGUCCUUUUGUGUUGACUAGCCCACGAUCAUUAUUAGCAUGCAAAAAGUCUAAAAUUAAGCCUAAUGAAUUGUUAUACAAGAGUGCUGCAGACAUUUCUAAAGAUCUCAAUGUAUCAAUUAGAUUAGCUUAUCCAGUUUAUCAGCAAUAUGAAAAAAUAAGACAAGAAAAACUUGAAAAAUGUAGACAAGAAAGAAAUAAACUUAUGAACUGUGAUACUAUUGCUGGUACAUCAUUACGAAAGAAAAAAAAUAUAUAUACGAAAAAAGAAAUGACAAUGUAUCGAAAUAAUAUUGCUUCAAAUAUGCGACGCACAAAAUCUAUUCAAAAUAAAUUAAAUGAAGAUCAAAAAAGAAAUUUAAACUUCAUAACAAAAAAAUCAAAACGGAAGUGUAAAAAAUCAAAAAGUAUCAGUGAUUUAAUGGAUUUAAAAGAAUUAUGUAAAAAAGUUGAUCGGAUUGCAAUUCUUGAGAGAUUUGAACCAGAUUACACGACCGUUAAGCGGCCUUCUAUUAAAAGACGUUUACGAUCCGGAAAUACUUCUAGAAGUUUAAUGGAUAUUAGUGAUAUUCAUAUACCAGAUCAAGACAAAAAAAUCUUGGAUAGUAUGCGGCGAAAGCGUGUAGAAAGGCAGCAUGGUGAGGAUCUAGCGCACCGAGUAAAUGUAUACUGGGAACAAAUGCGCGAAGAAGAAAAAAGAUUGACAAGAGAACAAAAACAAAAAUGGCAAAACUUUAUAACGUCAAAACGCAAUAUAGAAAACGGUAUGAACCUCAUGCGGUUAGAGGAACUACGCAAGGCCUUUGAAAAUAAUCAAAGACAAUUGGAAAAACAGAUUAGACAAAAAGAUGAAAAAGUUAAAAAUCUUAAAGAACAAAUUAAAGAUCGUAUGACAUUUGAAAAUUCACUAAAACAAGAUAUAGAAUUAAAAAAACAUACAAUCGUGGGUGACAAUCAUUUUUAUGAUCAAAUGAAUGAUAUUAAAUAUAAAAUGAAAAUGCAAGACUUAAAUCUUUUGAAACAAAAAAGAGCGGAUGAAAUAAGAAAUAAAUCACUUCAAAGGAACCAAGAAAGAGUAAUGUCUUCAAAUCGAUUGGAGGAAUUACGACAUAUAGCACAAUUAGAACUGAUGCAAGCACAGCAUGAUGAUGUGAUUCGUCGUAAGUUUGAUGAGUGUCAAGCAAAAGAACGCCGAGCUUUUAAAAAUCAUCUAGACAAUAUGACAAUGCGAAUGAGAGAUCUAGCGACAAAAAGCUUACAGAGAGAACAGCAUAUGGACCAAGUUCAUAGAGUAGCUAGAGAGUUAGAAGAUGGAAUGCAAAGAUGGCAAGAUCGAAUAAUGUUAAUGCAAUAUGAACAAUUGAGAAAAGCAAAAGAAAAUGCAGCACUAUACACCGAUAACAAAAAACUAAGGGCUGAAAUAAAUAAUAAACGUAGAGCUUUAGAGCAUUCUGCUAAAAUACAAAGACUAUCGACCGUUGUAAUCGUCCGUCAACUAUAUUGUUCCGAUUACUGAUAUCGCAAUAUUUUAGAUAAUUAUUUUUAAAUAUAACCAUAAAAAAUAUAAAUGAUAUCGACAUCCAAUCAAAUUAUCGAUAUCGUCGGCCAACAAUAUUUCUUAAUAUUUAUUAAUUUAUAUAUAGGUACAUCGGCAAGGAAAAUACAACUUCUAACUAUGGUUUAUAUUAUUUCAGUUUAAAUUUUCAACUACUCUUAUAAGGUUUUUGGUUUUAAUUACCUACUUAGCACAAUAUUUUGAACUUU